AUGAUGUUGCUUCUCUUCACAAUUCUACACUCAGUAGUGUUCUCCGAAGCAGAAGAGUGCAAAGCUUCUGAGAUCGUUGUAAAAACCCCCGACAGUCUUCCUAAUGAUAUAGCAGAGGUGCUCGAAAAACAACUCAAAAAUGAACUGUAUGAUAUGGGUGGUGUAGCUGCUUACUAUGUUGGGAACGUAGGCUCAUCCGAUCAAUAUACCUCUGUCUGCCUCACCGGAAAGAAGAUCAAAAACCUUCCCUACUGCCUCAAACUGACGGCUGGUAAGGGCAAGUCGAUUACGCUGGAAGAAUUCAGAUCUUCCUAUGAAAAGUGUACUGGUGAAUGCAAGCGACCACGAAACAAGGCUAACAAUAAAUCUAUAGCUCAAGCGCUCGGACUUCGCCCUGACCCCCCAAGGCUGGCUGAAAAAGCAGUAGCAGUACCGAAAGGUUCGGCCUAA